AUGAAUUGGCAUUACUGCUCGAACUGCUCGAGGAAAUACAGCAGCAAAGUGAGCCUGAAGCAGCACCUGAGGCUGGAAUGCGGUAAAGAGCCGACCUUUUGCUGCACCUCUCCAGGUUGCCAGUACAAAGCCAAAAGGCUGUGGAACCUAAAAAGGCACUACAUGCACAGCCACAACCUCACGACCCGUUGGCACUACUGCUGCAACUGCUCGAGGAAAUACAGCAGCCAAGUGGGCCUGAGGCAGCACCUGAGGCUCGAGUGCGGCAAAGAGGCCACCUUCUGCUGCCAAUACCCCGGCUGCGGCUACAAAGCCAAGCGAUUGUGGACGCUCAAGCAGCACUUGAGCAGCCGCAAACACUCGCAAACGAAAACCGCACAACAAAUUCUGAUUAUUUCUCGGCCUGAAAGCGAAUGAAUACCGUACCUACCCUAGUAAUAGUACCUAGUUUAAUAAACGAGUUCUAUUUGAUACUUGUUUUUAAUUCAAACCAACAACCCAUUCGAGCCAGCUAUGACAAAUAGAGCGAUCUAGUUGCCUUAUUCAUCCUUGUUCAUCUUCCCCCACCGCUAUUUGGUUGAUUCAAGCCAGCUUGCAGGAGUGUGUAAUCGUGAAGAGGUUUUAUAAGUGGUACCAGUACAAAUCGAAGCACUGCAGCCUCUUAUGCGCGAGCUGAAUGGCCGUUUUUGCAGACGUUGUUUUUGUUUUUUUCCAGGUGAAGGGAAACGGUUCCGUUGUCCCAGGUGCCGGAAGGGCUACAACAGCAAGAGCGGUUUGUUCGGGCACCGGAAGUCCGAGUGCGGGAGCGUUGCCCAUUUCCGCUGCCCGAUCGAAGGGUGCUUCUUCCUGUCGAAAUUCGCGGGAAACCUCAAACGUCACGUCAAGAAAAUGCACGAAACGACAAGCGACAAGUAACAUUGUACUGUUUUUAUUUCGUUAAUAAAUUAUUGGACAAUUCCUCGUAGUUUCGUCCGUUUUUUCCGAUUCAUUGUACAUAUUAACGGGUGAGUUAAUCCGCUUAAUUGCCCAUCUAACGGGGGUUUUCUUUUAGGAGCGUUGACGUUGAAAUAUUUCCAAAAAUUGCAGAAGAGGGUGCGCGCGAAGCCGGCCAGGGCGGCUUUGGCGAAGACGAAUUUCAGUUGCGUGUACUGCAAGUACGACUGCAAGAGGAAAUUCACCUUGGUGGGGCACGUUAAGUCGUACCAUUCCAAACAUUUCGACAAUUUCCUCAAGAACGUUUACCCCACAAUGUAAAAGGCCGGUAAUCGGUCAUCGCAGGUACCGAUGGAAGUUUACACGAUACGUCACAAGUUACUGUACUAUUAGGGAAUAACAAGUGACAUGUAGGAGGCUAAUUAUAUUAGAUUAAUUACUAAUUAGAUAGUAAUGUAUAGUUGGAUUUUAUUGUUAUUAUUGCACAAUUUUAGUUUGUUGUAUUUUAUGUCAAAUUUUGACAGUUGACAGUUGAUUAAUCGAGGCAUAUUAGAGGUUUUAAGGUUUUAACCAAUUGAAAUACCUGGAGACUUGAGGAAGUUUGUAGUAAAUAAAUUACUAAAUUUGGGGUAGGUGAUUCUUAAACUUCUCAAAAAAAAAUAAAACCUUUUAGGUAUAAGAAAUUACAUCGUACCUAUUAUUUUCUACAAAUAUAUUAUAAGGGAGUGUGUAAUGUAUUCAUACUUGUAGCAAUCCAAAAAUUAACAAAUAAUAAAUGUCUAUAAACCAAAGACACCAGUUUUACUACUUGUACAUAACGUUCCCGUUAAUGUAGCGAUGACGUCAUCUAUUUCAAAUACUAAUCUCGUGACGUCAAACAGAACGAAACGCGCCGCAUGUGCAUGUCCAACCGAUUAAUUCGCCUCGAUUUUUAGUGACUUAUCUAAAUAAAAAUGGCGCAAACGGGAGGGGUUGCUACGUGUGCAAAAAUUGCGGGAAACCCUACAAGCACGU